GAAAGCUUGCGCCUCGAUGCCUCUCUCUCAGAAGGUGACCAUUCGCUAUGGCCCAUAUGAGUCGUGCGGGGUGGUGGACUACAGGACCUCGCGGCUGAUCGGACUUAAGACAAUGUUAGAAGCUAAUGGUCACUCCUGGAUUGAAGAACAAUCUCCUGACUGGAAUAUUGUGGAACUUGUUGUGAAUGGAGAAAUUGUCUUCACGUGUAACAUAACAGACCUGGAUUUUGGCAGUGUCCUCUGGUCUUAGACCCCCGCCUCCCCCACCACCACCAUAUGAAACAUCCUCUCCACGGGGGGACUUCCGGGUCAUCAAGGGAAUGGCGGCGUAAGGAAAAGGUCUCUCGACAAAAAAGGUAAACUGCCCCAAAAUCGAAUUUAGACAAAUACUUAAUAUUGCAUAACUAUAUUAAUAAAAGGGGCAAGGAUGAUGUCUAAGAACAAGAAUAAAAAGUCCGCUUCGAAGGCUGAUAAACAUAAAGAGAUGCAGCAAGGCGACGGGCCUAGCUCUCCCACGGCAAGCCAGGACGGAGAUAAUGAGGGGGAAUCGGUGACUCUGUCUUUGAUUCUCGGAGAGAUUCGCGAGUUCCGACAAGAUAACAGCAAACAGCUGGAAGAUAUUAAAGGAGAAAUAGUAAAAACUAACUCGCGGAUAGAUGAAGCCGAAGCGAGGAUUGUUGGAAUUGAAGAGAAGCUACAAAAUGCAGAGGAGGUGAUAGCAGAAAUGCUGAAGCUACAAGACCAGCUCCAGUGGAAACUAAUAGAUCAAGGCGGCCGCUCGAGAAGGGAAAAUGUGAGGAUCUACGGAGUUCCCGAAGGAACCGAAGGUAAACCCGGAUUGAUGAUUCCCUUCGUGGAGAAGCUGCUUAGAGAGAACCUUGAUAUACCGGCCGCAAAAGACCCACAGAUAGAAAGGGCUCACCACGCGUUGGCACCACAGCCUCCGGCAGGCGCCCAGCCCAGAUCGAUUCUGAUCAGAUUUCUCAGUUACAGAACGAAGGAAGAGGUGCUUAAAAGAGCAUGGCAAAAGAAAGGUUUCAUGUGGAACAACUGCAAAAUCAGUUUAGACCACGACUACG